AUGAAGAUGAACCUGAAACUUCUUUUUUGUCCUGGAUUCCUUCUGCUGCUUAUUGUCAGUCAAAACCAGGCAAGGGCCAGGCCCACUUCCAGCUUACAGAGUCUGUCCAAACUGUUAGAUGAGGACCUGGAGCAUCCCCUGCUCUCAGAAGAGAGGGACCGUGAGCAAGACGACAUGAUCCCAACAGGUGCCUUUGACCAGCAAGACCCUGAAUUCCAGUGGACCCAAAACACCAGGGACCAGCCUGAGAGCGUGUCCAUGGGUGAUAGUGCUGUCCAGAGGUUCUUCAGCGAUCUCCUAAAAUUACCCCGUAGAUACCGAGGUAGAAGCAAAAAGGGCCUCUCCAGGGGCUGUUUUGGUGUCAAGCUGGACAGAAUCGGGUCACUGAGUGGACUGGGAUGCUAACUGCUUACUAUGGACUGACUUUGAGGUUUCAAAGGAUCUCUUGCCUUUCAGAGAGAUAUUCAGCCCUUAUUCACAUCGGCUCCACCAAUCCAUCUACUACACGACGUACUGAGCGAAUUGCAC